UAUGAGAGACAAAAACUUUUCAAGACUGGGCACUUCCUUUUGCUGCUCUUGCCUCAUAGAACUUGGAGUUUUUCCUUUCACACAAGUUUAGUGCCACAUUCUUCUAUUUGCGAUGGAUGGACAAGUGACAUAUGCUGAUUUAAACUUAACCAGGGAUACUGGUCUUGAACAUUCAUCACCCCCAUCUCUUCCUCAGAAUGAACUCAAUGGAGUUAAUCAAGUAUAUUUUCGUAAUGUCACAGAUGCUUGCCAGGGUUCAUCUUGGCAUAAACUGGCUCUGCAACUUUCUUGUGUGGGGAUGCUUCUUCUCAUCCUGACUGUGAUCGGGCUGAGUGUUUCAGUGAUGUUCUUAAGACAAAAGUCCUCAAUAGAAAGAAGCAGUGUGAUUGUUCAAGAGAGCAGGAAUGAAACAACAGCGAGACCACCUCUGUUAAAGUGUCCAACAAAUUGGCGUCCACUCCGAGAUAAAUGCCUGUUUUUUUAUCACAGUUCCAAACCCUGGAAUGACAGUCUAGCCGACUGUUUCACAAAAGAGUCCAGUCUGCUGCUAAUCCAAGAUCAAGAAGAAUUGAGACUCAUACAAAGUAUGAUAGACAAAGGAGUUCUGUUCUGGAUUGGAUUAAAUUUUACGCUAUCAGAGAAGAACUGGAAGUGGAUAAAUGGCUCCUUUUUGAAUUCUAACAUGACGGUUUGGGGGAUUGAAUGAAAUGAUGGAAGAGAGCAAGGCAGAGACGGAUCAGGGAAGCCUAGGAAGUCAGAGAGACCUUUUGGAAAGGGAGUCAAUGUCUUGGCCAGAUGAGCAUUAAACAUUUAUCCUGAAAAGUGAAGAAAGGACCAGAGGGCGGGAGAGAUACAACGUGGGGCCCUUCUGCAAUAGUUCCGUUGACAGAAGAUCCUGAUGGGACUGGAGUGCGGGGCACGAGGAGAGAAUCAGACCGGCUGCUCAGGGUGGAGAGGCUCCGUGAAGAAAUGGAACAAAGAAAGAAAAGCCGUGGGGGGGGGGGGGAAGCAGCUCGGUGGCAGGGUGCAUGCUUAGUAUGCAGGGGGUCCCGGGUUCAACCCCCA